UAGUUUUUUCUCCUGCUCCCGCUUUGCUGGGGCUGUACAGCCAACGUUUCAAUAGGACGCAAUACUAAGAUCAGAUGGCAUUGCCUUGGUCCUCCACUCCAGAACAAUGCCAACCUGUGGCCAUGCUCCAAUCAGCUGAUCACCUCCUGUCCCUCCUGCUGGUAAUAGGUACAGGGAGCAGCAUGCCUAGCCCCCAGGCACCUCCCCAGGGCUGCUAUGUGGCAGAAGAAGCUGGUGAACGGACGUUCCGCUGCAGCCAGGCAGGCCUGAGUUCCGUGCCCACUGGCAUCCCCAAUGACACCCGUAAGCUCUACCUGGAUGCCAACCAGCUGGCCUCAGUGCCUGCUGGUGCCUUCCAGCACCUGCCUGUCCUGGAGGAGCUGGAUCUGUCCCAUAAUAUCCUUGCCCACCUCUCAGGGGCCGCCUUCCAGGGCCUGGAGGGCACGCUGCGCCACCUCGACCUCUCUGCCAACCAGCUGGCCUCGGUGCCAGUGGGGGCCUUCGUGGGGCUGCAGAUCCAGGUGAACCUGUCCUCCAACCCAUGGCGUUGCGACUGUGCCCUUCAGGAGGUGCUUAGGCAGGUGAGGCUGGCACCAGGCACUGGGACAGGCAUCGUGUGUGGCCCAGGAGCCCGACCAGAUCUGGUGGGGCAGGAGUUCCUGCCACUGGCAGGGGAGGAAGAGCUGUGUGGGGCAGGGCGGGGCGGAGCCCGGCGGAGCACUGAUGUGGCCCUGCUGGUCACCAUGGGGGGCUGGUUGGCACUCGUGGUGGCUUACCUGGUCCACUACAUGUGGCAGAACAGGGAGGAGACUCGACGCCCCCUCAAGCAGGUGCCCGUGCUACCCAUGUGCUCCAAGGACCCCUCCACCCUCAGCACAGCGGUCUAGGGACCAGGGCCAUGCCUCUGGCCCCAAGCCCCACACUCCUGCCUCUACGCCCUCUUGUCCUCUGACCCCCUCUGUCUCCUCUGCAGCCCCAUCCCAUCCCCCCUUCCUCUCUGUCUUCCCUGAACACCUGGUCCCUCUCUCUCUCUCAACCAACACCAUCUUUGGUGCCUGGAGUUUUGAUGCCUACUCUGCCUGGAUGGUGCUAGCCUCAGAGACCCAAAGCUGCCAAGUCCACAGUGGUGCGGGGCAUGACAGAUCCAAAAAUGACUGUAGGUGGUGUGUGUGCCAACUCGGAGGCAGCUGCAGGGGCACAGCGUGGGGCGCCUCUGCCUGGCUCAUCCCAAAGGCUUCACUGUAAGGACGGUGAACUGACUUUUCAAGAAUGAGAAGGACUUUGAGCAGAAGCGGAAGGACCCUAGCUGGAAGGCAGUGGACAAAGGCAAAGAUGUAAAACAGAUGGAAUGCUGGGGCGAAACGUGCCUGGGACUGGAACAGAGGCUGCAAAGAGGAGUGAGGGGAUAAUGGGAGCAAGCUGGAGGUGAGGUCAGGAAGCUGGGUGCAGCCAGAUUGAGGAGAACCCUGGGGGCUCCUCCUCUCCCUCUCUCCACCUCUACUGAGGCGCUCACCUCACUUACUUCGGCCUCUCUCUUGGCCCCGGGCUCUUCUCCCUGCUCCCUCUAUUGAGGAGCUGCUGGCUUAGGAUACCCUGCUUCCCUUUCCCAGCUCUCUGCCCCUCCCCCAUACACUGAAGGGCUUCCUGAGCCCUUUCCCUUGGGGGAAAAGUGGUCUCCCCUCUGCCUGAGCUGGGGAUGGGUCACUGGGAGCCGAGGGGAGGCGGGGGAGCUAGGA